AUGUUACUGUUUGCUCACCGUUUCCCACGACGUCGAUCAGCCACAACCUCAAGCUCAACUUUCAACUUUCAAGAAGUCAGUUGGUUCCUAUCGGGAUUCGUGUACGAUUACUUACGUUUUGUAGCUCAUCAUGGCAUUCUAGCCGAUGUGGACACAUUAUCUCAUCGACGGCCCAAGGCGAUCAUUGCGUGGGAGACACGAAGAAAGAGCUUGGAUCAGAACCAACUUUUUAUUCACGACCCUUGCAACGCCUAUCCCGCUCAUUUUAGCCAAUCACCCUGCAGGAAAGGAAUAGAAGCAAAGAUGAAUCGAUGGCGAGCUGUCUACAAGCUGAUCGUAAAUACAGCGAUAGAAAUCCCUCUCUCGCAAGUCUUCGUCCUCUUCAUUCCACAUGCCACCGCUAAUGAGCAAUGCAGCCACUCUUCGUGCCCACUCUCCUCCAGCCGUCGAUUUACGCCAUAUGACAUCCAGCCUCGGCUCACCUACAAAACACCCCCAACGCAGCCUACGCUCAAACGAACCCCGACUCGGAUCACGCUCACCCAACUCAAUCUCUUCAUCGCCCACCUUGGUCCCACAUGCACCGCCUACCACCUUCCCCGUCGUCGGCCGCAUUCACCCACCCAGCUUCCAGCGAUCAGGCCUACGAUCCAGACGCAGACGGAUACGGUGACGGUGACGGUGGCUUCGACGCCGUCCCUCAUCACACUCACUUGGGCCUAUUUCUUGACUACGUCGAUGGGUAUCUCUUCAUCUUCGUCUUCUCCUGCUACGACCACGGCGCAAGAACACCCGCUUGCUUCGCUUCCAGAGCCUGACGAUGGUGAUGUCUGCGCGGGGGACGAAAUGGAGGAUUCAGCAAAAGGCAGGGAUUUAGGGAAUCGGAAAGCACAGACAAAGGGGAAGGAAGAGUCGAGGUGCGAGAAAAUUUGCGAACUUGCUUGUGGAGGGAAAGAAGGGCGCGGAUUUGGAGAAAGCUGUGAGUGGGAGGGAAUGAUGAUGGGCCAGAAAGGAAAAUCCGAGCUCUCGCCUUCAUCCUCCUCCACCAGACCCUGCCACUCUCGAAAGACGACGAUCUCCGCUGUCGAUUCUAUCCCUCGGGCCACCACCCACAUCGAGACAACCCCAAUGCAAGAUGUUUUGCAGCCAGGCUCUACCUCCAUUCAAAUUCAAUCCGACGACCCUUCCCCCCUUCGCGUAGGCCUCUCCGCAGUCCCAUUAACCCACAUGUUCAAACAUUCUCUCUCCCUUCUGUCAAGCAACCGGCGCUCAACACUCCCGGAAUCUACAAUCACUCUUCCAUCUGACGCCGCGUCGCCAGGAGACGGGGAAGCCAGCAGGAUGGGUACACCAGGCACACCACCAUUGCGUCGUCAUCCCCACUCUCAAACUACGACCACGGAGAUACUGCUGCCUCAUUCCCGCUCCUCUGCACUCCUUUUACAUCCUCGGCAUCUCCAGUGGGAGGAUGAAGAAGCACGUCGAAGGAGUGAGUUAUCCCAAGAGGGCGAGCAUUGGUGGCCGUCGUCGGGUUUGGAAGGCCAGAUCGCUGACUCGGGCUGUGAGCGGCCGAUGAUCGUCACGUCUUAUGGAAUGGGAUAUGAAGAUUCUGUCGGACAGUUCGAUCAUCAGUACAACGAGCAAUACGCCGCUAACGCGACGGUGUCAGCACCAAUCCCAGCAUGGUACGAAGCCCCUGGUUGGGAGGCACAUCAACAUCAGUUCAACCAUCCUAAUCUCUACUUUAGCCCGGACGAUUGGGAUCGGAUAGAGGUGAACAAGAUCGCCACAUUUGAAGACGAUCGCGAUAUCUGCCGUCGUCCUGGGUGA